AUGGGUAAGUUCCUUCCUCCUUCCGUCGAGUGAUAAUCCUCUUGUCAGCUUUUUUCUUGCACGCAGCCUUCACGUGUCACAGAUAAGGUGUUGUCUGAAAGAUAAGAAAAUAUUUGCGUAAAUACGAAAACUGUCUGCCACAUCAAGAGAAUUCUGAUUUAUGCUGACUAAAGACUAAGGAAUAAACAACCGUAUUCUGAGUUUUUUAAUCAUAUUUGCAAUUACAGGAAAGAAGUGUCAAAUCUGCAAAAAGAAAUGUUCGGGCGACAUUCUGCGAGCGGACGGGGAUAAAUACUUCCACAUUGAUUGCUUCAAAUGCAAAGGUAUGUCAUCUAAUAUUUGAUUGCAUUCACAAUUUAGCUUGUGGUGAUUCUCUGAGUGACACGGGCUUCUACUCAACUCCAGAUGGUUCGUACUUCUGCCCCACUCAUUACCGAAGUCUUAAUACGCCCUUGUCCAUAAAUGCCGAGCAUGGAAGACCCACUGAUAAGGGAUUAUCAAGCCCGUCCUCGCCCACUGGUCAGUAAAUUAGAAAUUUGUGCUAUGGUUUAUUUACAUUGUAACGCGAGUAGUCUUUACUGUCUUAAUGAACCCGCUUCAAUUCUUAAGGAAUUAGCCAAAAGCUAUAUUAGGAAACAGUAGACCAAUACUGCUCAAAACUGGAAAUAUUCCAUGCUUUUCUAAUUUAAUUAUCUUCAGCUUGCGCGGCUUGUGGAGAUCUCCUAAGCAGCGGCCAAGUAUUAAAAGCCCUGAACAAAAGCUGGCAUGUUUCCUGUUUCAAAUGCGCGGAAUGUGAUGCUGUUCUGCAAGGAGAAUAUAUGGCAUUUGAUGGGAAGCCAAUGUGCAUCCGAGACUACAAUAACAAACAUGGUGUUAGAUGUUAUGAAUGCGAUAAGUUUAUCGCUGGGAGAGUGUUGCAGGUAAGAACUUGCAACGGCAGUUAAAAACGCGUGUUAUUUGUCAUCCUAAACAGGUAUUAUUUCUUAGGCCGGGACUUACAAAUUCCAUCCGACUUGUGCUCGAUGUACACGGUGUGGAAAUCAUUUUGGCGACGGUCAAGAGAUGUACAUCCAAGGGAACGACAUCUGGCAUCCCCAAUGCGAGGAUUUCCCCACCGAUAAUUUGGCGGUCAGUUUGGUUGCAGAUUAGUUUGAUUAUGAAGGGAAUGGUGGGAAAGGAAAAGCCAAAAAAGACAGGAAAGAGUGAAGUGCAUUAAGCAGGACUUCAAGGACGGCACUUUGAGGAUGCGCCGUACCCUUCCUUCGUACACAUCCUUAUAGUAAAUAGAUCAGGCCCCACCCCUUUGUGCCCCCUGCCCCCUUCAAACGCAUAGCUACCGGUUUUAAAAACCUAUUGUAGUAAUGAAAGACAUAUAGGGUAGUAAUUGGGCCUCCAGAUUACCCGUAUGGUAGAGGGUUUUGUUUUGUUUUCUUGGUGAUAAUCUUUUUCACGUUUUAGCUAACAAAAUCACCAUCCAAAAUGUCUCAACCCAAAUAUCAGAAAGCCUUAGCGCAACAAGUCACCUACAUGUACAUGUUACCAGAAGCCGAGCAGACGUAUCUAAAGCAUCCCAUCGCUCCACAUCCCCCUCCACCGGCCCAAUAUCACACUCCACAAGCACCGAUCAAAAUCAGAAAAUCGAGAAUGGCCAUGUUGAAAACAGGAAUGCAGCGAUUAGCGGAAGACCUUGAGUCAAAGUCUGUUCCCCGAGCCAAAUCUCCACAUAUGGAUAACGAAGAACCCAUCGAAUUGGCCCAUUAUCCUGGAGCUCGAGAGCCCGAACCUGAUGAAAUCCCGCCCAUUGAACGAGAAGACUUCCCUGCCCCUCCUUACCCUUACGCGGUUGAAGGUACGUACAGUUUGAGUUGACUGUUGCGAUUUGUCGUUUUCUUUACGUAAUUUUUUUAUUAGAAUUGAAACGUCGUUUAUCCUCAUCCUCCGUUGAAAAUGAUGAUGAUGAAGACGACUACGGUGAUCAGACAAAAGUCGAUGUAAAUAAAAUUGAAAAGAAUGUUAAAGCCCUCGAGAAUCUCGACAGAGAUUCAUCAAUUGCCCAUGUUAUCAAACAAAACAUCGAGGAAAGUAAGAAUAAACAACGACUUCCUUUACAUUGGGAUCCGCGGAAUGCAGCACGGACCCCCUCGGGCAGGAAGAUGCCCCAUCUCAGGUUCCGAUACGACACUCCGGUGAACGCUUGUAAGUCUGACAACUUAUGUUUCUCCCGAUAUUUUGCAUUUUAAUUCUUAAGAGUUUGUUUCCUCAUAUAUGUAGAAGAAUUUGUUUAUUCUAGCACCAUCUCGGCACGCCAAUCGUCCCAAGCCUUGGGCCUAUUGGAUUGAUGGGGUAGAUCGAUCAGCAACGACCAUUAUCCCCUCGUUCCACGUUCCCGGAAAGGGCGGAACCCUGGGAACACGCGCCGCAACAUUACCAGAGGGUUACUUUUACGGAGACACCAUGAAUUCUACAUUCUCGGACCGUAAGGAUUUAUCUCGAAGUUGUAAUAAAUGUUUGAAUACACACAUUUCAGAAUCUUUGAACCUGUCCGCCGGAGAAAACGAUCAGAGCUUUUCUCCCACCGGCGAUAUCCGAACUAACCUCCGCGCUUCAUUGCCCGACUUGAACAAGAAGGUUAAAACUUAUAAACUAGAAGAUCUCCAAACAACGAACAAGAAACUGCCCUCUGAUGUGGAUCGUCAACAUUUGGAACGACAUUUAAAUCGAGAUGAAUUCGAGGAAAUCUUCGAGAUGACUGCCAUCGAGUUCUACAAGUUACCCGAAUGGAAGCGUGUGAACCUAAAACGAAAAUUUAAACUGUUCUAG